CCUUAAGUUUUGGGCAAAUAUUUCCUGUUAUAGAUCCUGUAGAUUAUUCAUGUCCAUUACCAACAUUAAAGAAUGCAACUCUAUUAAGAUAUGAACCACCCAUGAAAACUGAAAUUGCAAUUUAUGGAACAGCAGCUAUUGUCCUUUGCAAUAACUCCAUAUUAGAUCAACAGUCAGUCAUUUACUGUGGAGAAGAUAAUGCUUGGAUUGGAAGAACCUGUGAAUAUACUGAAUGUUCAAAUUUGCUGUCGAUAACAAAUGGAAAAGUUAAAUUUAUUAAUCGAGUGCCAAAUAGAAUUGCCUCUUACAAAUGCAAUGAGGGAUACAGAGAAGUGGGUCAAUCAUUCUCUAUUUGUCUACAGAAUGGUUCUUGGAGUUAUACAAAUUUUUAUUGUCAUGAAGUACCAAAUAUAGCCUCUAAUUUCAUUGCUAUAUGUUUAACCAUAGUGACAUCAAUUUGUUUGUUAAUAAUUUUUAUUGGAGUGUCCCAUAAAUUUAAAAAAUUAAAAAGCAAACAUGCAGCAUCAUUAAUGGAAGAACAUUAUUAUUUCAAAUAUGGACUCUCACCGGCUCCCAAUACAGAGCCAAUUGACACCACACGCAAUUCAGCAAUUUAUGAAGAAAUUGCAGAAAAUAUAAUAGAAAUGCCUGAUUCCAUUCCAGAAAAUAACAAGAAUGUAUUGGAUAAAGAGGAAAUGUCAAACAAAACUGAAAAUAUUUACAUGGAACCUACAGAUGAAUAUAAUAAGCAAACACACACAACUUGCAGAACAUAAGCAAGCAUAAUGUAUUGAAGAAUAUUUUAUAUUAAACAUAUCAAAAUGAUGUGAUAGUUGUAAAUAUUUUAAAGUACAAAAAAUUAUAUAUAAUUUUAUGUGAAUUGUUGCAAUUUUACUCAUAGAUUUACCAAGUUUUAAUGUAGUUUUGUAGUUAAGUUAUAAAAAUUCUGAAAUAUUUGCAUCACUAGUUUCAUAUUUAUAUUUUGUGCUCUGUUAUUAACAAAGUAAACUUGUUCUGUUUCAAUUGGAAGCAGUUCCUUGAUGUUCUGGUAGACUUAAGAUGUUGUUUAUCUAGUCAUGUAAUUAUUUGUGUAUUAUAACAAUUUAUCUCAUUGAAACACUUUAUGAAUUAGUAUUUUUUUUAAUGUAAGAAAUUUUAUUGAAAUAAAUAUUGAAUCAUUUAUUAUAUUUGGAUAAUUUGAUUUAUAUCUAUACACUAAACAUUAAAAUGUUCAGAGAUACUUGAAUUCUUUUAGGUAAAUAUGCAUAAUUUAGUUCAGUUAUUGACAAACCAAAGUUACCAGUUUUAUUAAUAAAAUAGGAAAUUCAUGUUCAAAAUGUUCUCAAAAUUACUUUACAACUUAAAUAUAUUAUUUAAAAUCUAUUGAAAAUUAUGCAC